AUGUCACAAUUUAAGAGAAACGCCAGUUCGAAGAAACUGGACUCUGAGACUAAAUAUAAGCUUGAGACGCUAUCAGAAUUGUUCCCAGAUUGGACAAAUGAUGAUUUAAUUGAUUUAGUCCGUGAAUAUGAUGAUCUAGAAACCAUAGUUGAUAAGAUAACUACUGGAGCAGUGACAAAAUGGGACGAAGUGAAGAAACCAUCUAAAAAGGAAAAGCCUGCAUCGCAUAUAGAACACCAAUCUCAUAGUUCUCAUCAACAGCUGCAACAACAAGCCGCAUCACACCUGGACCCUGAAGAUUCUCCUUCUCUAAUAAAUCAACAUCAUUCGCAUCAAAGACAAUCUAGAUCCACCUCUAAGUUCAGUAAUAACAGCGCCAAUGGCAAAUCAGUGCAACAAAGACAGCAACACCAGUCAAAUAAUAAAGAUAACAAGAAGCAGCCUUCAAAGGAUAGUUUGAAGCCUGCUCCAUUACCAUCUAAAUCUAACGCUGGUAAUAACGCGGGGUCUUGGGCCGCCGUAUUGGCAGAAAAGAAAAAGGCUCAUGAAAAGAAGAUUGACCAUACAAAGUCGUCUAAUACAAUUGCACAUGAAUCUACUAAUGAACAAUCUGAAUCUAAUGAACAUACCGAACCAACUGAAGUUGAAGUUGCACCUGCCCAGCCUGUUGACUCUGCACCAGAAUCUGUCAGCCAUCAACAUGCGCCAGAAUCUGAAUCAAUCGCCACCACAAACGGUGAUUCUAAGCCAAAGAGUUGGGCUGACAUUGCAAGCGCAAAGAGCAGACAAAGACAACUACAGCAACAGAACAAGAAGCAACAACAGCAACAAAAAUCUAAGCCAUUGGACAACUUUGAUGCUUUGAAGGAAGAAGUUGAUCAGUUGUCUUCUGAGCAAACGGAGAAUGGAAACCACGCUAUUUCUCAAGAACCAGAACAACAGCAACAACCAUAUGCUCAACAGUCUACAUUUGAGGAACCUGCCCAACAAGAGGAAGAAGUCGUAGCGGAAACUACCGAACAACAACAAUCACAGCAGCCACAACAGGAAGAGCCUGCUCAACCAGAAGUUUCUCAAGUUCAAGAAACUGCCCCUGUAUCUUUGCCAGAGGAAACCAAUGCUGCUAAUGGUGUCUCUAACAUCCAGUUCGGUUCUGAAGACAAGGCUGCUCAACAAACUCUUGCAUCUCAAAACUAUUACCAACAACAACCAAACCAACAAUAUGCUCCACAACAAGUCCCACAAUCUGCAGCAGCUGCAGCAGCAGCUCAAGCUCAAGCUCAACAAUACUACAUGUACCAAAACCAAUUUGGUUACUCGUACCCAGGUAUGUUCGAUAACCAAUCUUACUUGGGCUACGGCCAACAAUUUGGUGCCCCACAAGUUCCUCAAGGCCAAGUUCAACCAGGUCAACAAGCACAACCAGGCCAGCAACCAGCUGCUGGUUCUCCAAACGCUCAACAAGGUCAAACAGCUUCAGCUUAUGGUGCCCCAUCUGGUACUGGUUAUCAAUCUCAAGAGGUUCCACAGCAAUCCCCAGCUCAGCAACAUGUCCAACCUCAACAAUACAGCGGUUACGGUAUGCCAUACAUGUACUACCAACAAUCUUUCCCAUACGGUCAACCACAAUAUGGCAUGGCUGGUCAAUACCCAUACCAAAUGCCAAAGGCUGGAUACAACUACUACCCACCUCAGCCCCAAUCUCAACAACAAGGUGGUCAAGCCCAAGGCUCAACUCAAUCCCAAGUUGAAGAGGAACAAGCUAAUGGUCAACAAGGUGGUGCCAAUGCUAAUGCUGCCAAUGCAUCUCAACAGUACCAGCAAUACUAUCAAUAUCAACAAGCUCAAACUCAACCACAACAACAAGCUCAGCAAGGUAUGCCUUACGGUUAUUCCUCGUAUGACUACUCCUCUCAAACUUCAAGAGGUUUCUACUAA